CGCGCGGGGCGGAGCGCCGGCACGUGACCCCGAGGACAAGGUCGCGUCCGGCUGUGGUGGACCAUGGCGCUGUGGGCUCGGCCUCCGGUUCCAGUGCUCAGGCUCUGGGGCCUUGGAAGUGAGCGGGCGUGGGCCCGUGGGCCUCGUGUUUCAGGAGGAAGAAAGUCCAUUUGUCUUUCUGCUAGUGCUUCAAGCUUCUUUGGAAGUGGAGGUGACAAUAAGAAGGAGAAGCUUUUCCUGGAGGAUAUAGCUAAGCUCAUUCAAACCAGAGCUUGCCAGAAGGUGGUGGUCAUGGCAGGGGCCGGGAUCAGCACAGCAAGUGGCAUACCAGACUUCAGGUCUCCAGAGAUUGGUCUUUACAGCAGGCUCCAGAAGUAUGACAUCCCAUACCCCGAGGCCAUUUUUGAACUUAGUUUCUUCUUUCACAAUCCCAAGCCCUUCUACACUUUGGCCAAGGAGCUGUAUCCUGGGAACUAUAGGCCUAAUGUUACUCACUACUUUCUCCGACUGCUCCAUGACAAGGGAUUACUUCUGCGGCUGUACACACAGAACAUCGAUGGACUUGAGAGAGUGGCUGGCAUCCCUGCCUCAAAGCUGGUUGAAGCUCAUGGAACCUUUGCCUCUGCCACCUGCACUGUCUGCCAAAGAAACUUCCCAGGGCAAGACUUUUGGGCUGAUGUACUACAAGACAGGAUCGCCCACUGUCCCAUCUGUACUGGCAUCAUAAAACCAGACAUUGUGUUCUUUGGGGAGCAACUGCCACAGAGGUUCUUCCUGCAUGUGACUGACUUCCCUAUGGCAGAUCUUCUCAUCAUUCUUGGGACAUCCCUGGAGGUGGAACCUUUUGCCAGUUUGUCAGAGGCUGUGUGGAGAUCAGUGCCACGACUGCUCAUAAACAAGGAUGUGGUGGGGUCCUUCGUUUUGGGUCCUCGAAGCAAAGAUGUGAUACAGCUGGGAGAUUUGGUUCAGAGUGUGGAAAAGCUGGUGGAGCUUUUGGGGUGGACGGAAGAGCUGCAGAACCUUAUCCAGAAGGAAACCGGAAAGCUCAACGGACAGAACAGAUAAGAGUGAUGGCUGCCUUCCUUGUUUCCACAAAUGGGGUGACAAUCCAUCUCUGAGAUCUUGUGCAAGAACAACGUGGGAACGUGCACAGUAAAUGGCUGGAUCAGAUCCCAGGGUCUGAGGACUACAGUAUGGUGGAAUUCCUUCUCUAGGAACAAGCUGUGCUGGCUGUAGUUGUCUCUGCCCAAGACCACCCUAGUCACAGAGGCCUGCCAAAUUUGCUCCUCUAACUCUUCACCUGGCUACAGCUCUUGAUGCAGGAAGGUUUCUUCUGAUGGUGACCUUCUUUGACAAGAAUCCUAGACUUGAUGUUUCCGCUGUGUUCAGACCCAUCUAAAGAACAGUUUAGCAUGUUAAAAAGACUCAGUCUCGGGCUGGAGUGAUAGUACAGCAGGUAGAGCAUGGCAUUUGCCUUGCAGGCGGCCGACCCGGGUUUAAUCCCCAGCAUCCCAUAUGGUUCCCCGAGCACCACCAGGAGUAAUUUCAGAGUGCAGAGCCAAAAAAAAGACCCAGUCUUAGACUAAAUGAAAACAUAUGCUUUGGGUUCAGAAUCCCCAGCACCACAUGGUUCGCUUGAGCACUGGCAGUGGUGGCCUAAAAACAAAUAUAGAAAGGCUCACCUGUUGAGAUAGAUCCUGUUUUAGACUGAUGAGGUCCCAAAGUAUGGUCCUCAGUCCCAAUUAAUGCAGCAUAUGGAUCACCUUGGUAGGGCUUUUUUUUUUAAAGCCAUACUGAUGACUGAACCCAGAUACUCCAUACCCUGGUCCUAGUAGGGUUAUUUUAGAGAAAGUAUAUCCUGUACUUUUGCCAUGAAGUAGUUUGAUACAAAAAUGAGGCAAUCUUUUAUUUUUGUCUCUUCAAGGGGAAUCCAAGCACUGACAGCGAAUAAUGGGAAGGUGACUUUGGUGGAAUGUGUGGGUCCCCUGUUGGAUUAAAUGGAACAAGGACUGAAAUCGGUCCUGGAGUUUGGCAAGGGCCUUUCAGAACACCCACUGUCACUAAUGGUAAUCAUUCUGUGGAUUCUAAUGUGAUGCUGUUCACACUUCCCCACAAGAAAUUCGCUUGUUCCCUUAAAAAACCCUCUCCUUGUUCCCACUCUCCAUUAGGAUUGGCCUAUAAGACAUGGAAGUCAUUUCUCACUUAGAAGCCCUGGCUGGCUCCUGGGCCCUCAGACCAGUGCUCAGGACAGAACUUGUCUUAUACUUUCUAGCCCUGUACUGGUAAGUUCUGCCAGGCUGGGUAUAUCCUAGGCACUCAUCUCUGCCCUCCAUUCUCCUCCAUGCCAUCUUGCUUCCCCCACUGAACACUGAUCCCAGUCUGUGGGAGCAUACCCAUAGCAGAUUUAAUUGACCCAAAACUCCUCAGAGGAUGGAUUAGUAGCCUCACUCAAGAACAAAAGACACAAUAGUGCUGCAAUCUUCAAAGACACUAGUUUCUAGAUCUGCUUAACAUGCCUUUAUAUUUACACUUAAGCACACACUGAAAAUUUUAUUCUACAAUGUUUUUGUGGUGCAAGAUCAUUGUUUAUGGUCUCAGUUCUCAGAUAGGCUGAGAUUCAACUACCACCCCUGGAUAAUUCUGGCUUCAUGGACA